AGUAUUUAAGGAGAAAGAAGCAGACCGCAGAGAUGACUUUGCUGAAUCAAGUAAUGUGUUUAAAGGUAUGAUGGAUCGUCUGGAUAUAGCAUUCAAAGAAAAGAACCAGGCUAUGCGGAGGUUUGUUGAGAGUCAAGCAGAAUUUUCCAGAUGCCAGGAAAAGACAAUUAGACAAUGUAUAGAAGAAAUGAGACGGGUCUUUGAAAAAGGCACUAGGGUGAUGCGAGAAACUGGGGAAGAAAGUCGCAGACCACUACAUGCUGUUUCAGAACAAGUGGUUGAGCAAGUGCAACAGCCUAGACCUGAGAUCCCUCCUCCAGUCGUUGAGAUGCCCAGACAGAUUCAGGAAGCCCUAAUCCCAACACUCGGGGGGCAAGGGAAUCAACCUCAUCCCAAUAUUCAACAGCAGCAUUUUGUCAUUGGUGAAGGGCAAAGACAACACCAAUUGAUGGAGGCUGUUACUCCUGUUGCAGACCUUGGCCAUCAACCUCAGCAUAAGUAUAUUCUGCCAGUUAGGAAGGCAAAUGUGGGUCCUUGUCAUCAACCUUGUCCAAGGGACUUUUUCCAGCCACAAGUUCCUCCAGCCCAGCUGGUACAGCGUGGUCUGCAGAAUCAACCAGUUCAAUUCUUCAAUAGAGACCAUGGGCCAACCUUGAGGCCAUUUGAAAAGAUUGAUAAGGGUUUCUUGAAAUUUCCAGACAAAGCGAAGGAAACCAUGGGAGUGGAUGCAGAUCCUUUUCCAGCUGUGUCUGUGGGCGUGAAUGUUGCAAACCUCAGGAGUGUCGCCAGAAAUCGCAGUCUGCCUUAUGCUCAAAGGAACCUUGCUGCAGAAGACUUGAGGUGGGUUCUUGAGGCACAGAGAUCCAGACAUAGCAGGAGCGUCAGGUCAGACCAGCAGAGGCUCGGGGGGCAAGAAAGGAUUACUGUGACCAGGAAUUUCAAUCCAGAGGGUGCCAGACGUUAUUCAAUUGGUACUAGAUCUCCAAGGAUGGUCAAACCGCCACUCAGGUCACCUUCCAGACGGUGGGAGAAAGUCAAUCAUCCCAAGUUUCUAGCCCAGAAUCCCAGAACCUUGAGGCGCAGACUGCAGCGCAAGAGGGCUAAAGAGCGAAAAAGACACCAGAAGCAGGUGGAGGCUGAGGGAAGUUCAUCUCGCAGACCACGCCAACCUACCAAAAGGAAUAUGGUCUGGGUGAGAAAAGAGAAAAAGGAGGCUGUAACCCAGACUUUACAGAAGGAGGAUGACCAAUCUCCAGCCUCUCCAAAGGUGGCGUCUGUCAUUAUGAGUCCAGACGGAGUUUUGAAAGAAACUUUUGAAGCACAAGAACAGUCUGAGAAUCGUGGAGCUGAAUCAAAAGAAGAUGGCACUAUUCAUUUUGGGGAAUUCUCAGUGAAUUUGUCAUGUCUGGUGCUGACAUUACCCUUGGUUUUCCAAGCCAAGAAAGAGGAGGAACCAAUCGUCUGUGAGUUCCCAGAACAGACAGAAGAAGAGGUAAUUUUUGUUCCAGUUCAGGAUGAUGAAGAGGAGGACAUGGCUGACAAAAUUGUGUUUGAAAAACCAGAAGAAAAGAUGGCCAGACACAUUAGGCCACUUUAUAUCAAUGCUCACAUGGAUGGGACUCCAAUCAGCCGUGUCUUGAGGGCUGUCAAAGGGCAGGCACUGGCAGACUUUCUUGCAGAUCACCCAUGUCUGGACGUGGAGGCAGAUGAAGAAAAAGGGAUUAACUUGUUUUCAAUAAGUUUAGUUCCCUGGAAACUUAUCUUUGACGGAUCCAGUACAGAGACCAUGUCUGGAGCUGGAGUUGUGGUAAUCUCCCCGUCUGGGCUGAAAACACAGAUGUCUUUCCAGCUGGAUUUUGAUUGCACAAAUAAUCAAGCAGAAUAUGAAGCUUUGAUUAUUGGUCUUGAGAUGUUGGUGGAGCUUAAAGUAUCCAUGGUUGAGGUUAUAGGGGACUCACAGCUAGUUUUGAAGCAAUUGUCUGGUGAGUACAAAUGUACUAGCCUUGCUUUAGCCCCUUAUUUUGCCUUGGCUGUGCAAUUGCUGGAAGAGUUUGAUGAUGUGUCUAUCAGACACGUCCCUAGAGAUCAGAACUAUGAAGCUAAUGAAAUGGCCCAGAUUGCUUCAGGUCUGCGAAUUCCAGAAGGUGUAAUGCAGAAAGUUGUAAUAGUUGAAAAACGCAGUCUGCCAUCAAUUCAUCAACGUGGCAUGACUGUCUCCACUUGCAGCAUUGAUGUUACCCAGACGGACUGGUGCUUUCCAAUUAUUCAGUACCUUAAGGAUCAAAGCAUUAAGGUAUCUAGGAAAACCAAAAUGCAAGCCCUCAAUUAUGUCUUGAUUGAGGAUGUACUUUAUAGGAGAGGCAAUGAUGAGCUACUGCUGCGUUGUCUGGGUCCAGAUGAAAGUUUCCAGAUGCUGUCUGAUGUCCAUGAUGGAAUUUGUGGUGCACACCAGGCUGGAAUCAAGAUGCGUUGGUUAAUUCGCAGACAUGGCUUCUUCUUGCCGUCUGUCUUAAAAGAUUGUAUUGGUUAUGCUAAGGGCUGCAAAUCUUGUCAGAUCCAUGGACCACUUCAAAGAGUUCCAGCCUCUGAACUUAAUUUUAUUGUGAAACCAUGGCCAUUUCGAGGCUGGGCUAUUGAUUUAAUUGGUAAGGUGUAUCCCCCUUCAUCAAAAGGUCAUUCAUUUAUUAUAGUGGCAACGGAUUAUUUUACCAAAUGGGUGGAGGCUAAACCAAUGAAGAAGGUAGACCAAUCUGAUGUAAUCAAGUUCAUCAAAGAAGACAUUAUUCACAUAUUUGGUCUGCCAGAAACAGUUACAACAGACCAAGCCAUGUCUGUGAGCCUUUUUGAUGUCAGUUCAUUAAUUGGAUUGCCCUGUACUGGAGAAGAGAUUACUGCAUUGCUAACCUUGCCUCCAGGUGUUGAGUACAGUGUGGAGUUGAAGCCCUCUUAUCCAGCCUUUGUGAGGUCUGCCUAUGACAAAAGUAAGCCUGUCAGUGCUGAUGAGCAUAUUUCAUUUCUGCUUACUUUGAUUUGCAAAUAUAUAGUCUGCUCUGCUGGUAAAGGUCCCCCGAAAGAGUUUAUUCCUUUAGCUGCUGCUUUAGCGUAUGGUAGACAAAUGGCUCUGGGUCCUUUCUUGCUUGCUCAUUUGUACAGGAAUUGCCAGGAUAUCACGGCUCACCCCUUAGUCAUUAGUGGUGGGCCGCUUUGGGUUUUGCAGUUGUGGUUAUAUUCUUAUUUUCCAGCCCUCGCUCCUGUCUCAUCCGCUAUUCCAGCCCGGGAUCUACUCACUUACGGCUUCAUGUUCAAGAAUGCCGUGGAGAAUAAGAGGAGCUUUGAGGAGUGCCUCAAGUUUUUUGCUUCUCUUUCUGUUGACCGACCCGAUGCAGACUUUGCUGUGUUUCUUGGCAGAUCUCACGGUCCUUCAUGUUUGAACACUCUCAACUCCAGAUGUGGCAUGGAGCUUUAUGCACCGAACCAAUUCUGUCGGCAGUUAGGGUACUGCCAAGACAUACCAUUCCCGCCACUAUUUUCCUUCAACCACAGCUAUCCCCUUCGAUUUAUGAUUGGGGAUUCAAAGAUUUUGGUUACCAAACUUGCUGACAUCUCCAAAACUCUGCAGACACUGAUCUUACCAGACCCUCUAUUCAGACCAAGCUGCACUUCCUCUUACAAAAGUUGGUGGCGAAACUACUUCCAUCCUCGGUUUCUUGAUGUUAUGGAGAAUAUUUCUAUUCUGGCCCCUCCACAACUCACCAAAAAAUCUGAAGGGAAGAAAGUUGUGAAAGAGAAUGAGGACCUGGAAUCUGCCAUGGCCACCCAGAUCAGCCAACCAGAUCUGUCAAGGAGAGCUCCCAAACUCCAAGUCAAAAGGAAAUUUGCUGCUCCUGCAGAUUCCACGGAAGAAGAUACCCCCUCCCAGCAGCGAAGAACCGGAGGGAUCAAGAGGUCAGUAGUAAAACCAUUUGCAGCCAAGAAACUUAUCAAAUCUGCCUCUCCCUCGAGGUCCUCUUCUGCCAUGGAAACCGAGACACAACCUGACAAAACAGAAGAUAUUUCCCUCGGUCCUGCUGCCACGAAAGCUCCUGUUGAAGACAUAUCUGCUGAGGGUGAUGAAAGCAAUUCUGGCUCCACUCGUACCAAAUCUGGCGAUGGUUCUUCACCCGCCACAAAGGUUAGGGGUUCUAGAUUCUCUUCACGCAUAGCAAGCAAAAACUUUAGAACAGUUAGACCGAAUGAACUCAUCGAUCUAAGCCUAGACAAAGAGAAUACCCCUACACCCGUAGCCUCUCCUGCUAGACAUGUUGAUGUUGAUGACAUUGAGAGUGUUGCUGCUGAUGUGCCCAUGAUUGAUGAUGAUUUGGAGAAUGAACUUCUUGCCCAGCUAGACAUGUUGAUGGAUGCUCCGGCUAAAUCUGGAUCUGCCACAGAUAGUAAAGAGAAGGCAGUUGCUGAAGAAAUAGAUUUUGAUAUCAACCUUCCUACUCAGGAGCAGAUUAGUUUUGCGAUCAUGACCAUGCAAGAACUCUUUGGUGACUUCACCUCCAUUUAUACGCACUUCAGCAAGAGAUUCCAGGUGCUUGAAAGCAAAGUAGCGGCUGCAGAUUCUGUUAGGAAGUCUGUAGCGGAUAGCACUGUCACUGUCUUCAAGAAGAAGGAAGAAUUCAUGGCAGCAAAGGAGGCUCAUAUCAUGCAAGUUACCCAUGUCCAAGGGCUUAAAGAAAAAAUCUCUAACCUUGAAGCCGAGCUUUCGGAGUUGAGAAACCAAGUUCCUCUUGCGGAGCAAAGUGAGAAGAAUUUGGCAGAACAAAGAAACAAGCUCCGCAUGGACAUGGAAGUUGGUUUGAAAUCUGCUGCCAAGAUCAAGGAGCAGCUACCUUCUUUCACAGCCUCUGCAGACGACGCCGCUGAAGAAAUAAAGAACAUGAGAGAAGAAUGGAGCUCAUGGAAAAACAACCUUGGUUGAUUUUUCUCUUAUGUAUCUCCUUAUCUCUUUGUUGGCUGGAAUUGUACAUUGUCAUGUUUGAACACAUUGUUUGCGGCCUAUUGGCCAUGCAAACUUCUUUUUUAAUGUUGAUCUCUAUCUUGGCUCAUAUUCUGGAAAUCUGCUUGUAUUUUUCUGUUCAUACUUUGAUACAGGUUGAAAUCUGUCGUGGCCGAAAUCUGGCCAUUGUGGUUGUUCCCAACCAGAUUUGGCCUACUUGCAGAUUCGGCUCAGCACUUUUAUUGAAUGAUAAAAUGCUUGAAACAAU